AGGCAACUUCCUCAGUCAGUGAACAAAAAGCGAGCAUUACCAACAUACUCGUAAGUCUCAGUAGCACCAAGAGCGCAAAAUGACGAAGCUCUAAUUGAGGAGCCCCUCCCAACAGCAAAAAAAACUAUAGCAUAUAACAUACAAGACAUAUGGCCCUGCAAUGCGUGAUCAAGCCCAAGAUGUGGUUAGGUCUUAAGCAGAUCCUUCUCUACGUGGGACUUCUGCUCUGCGUGCUGCUUCAGGUGUGCCGGAGCAAGACCCAGUUGCAGAUGUACUGUCCCACAGUCUGUCAGUGUGAUCUCCAUGCACAACGCAAUCGGGCGGUAUGCAGUGCAAAACGCUUGAUAAGUGCCAAUAUAGAAAUGCCCAAAACGGUGGAGUUGUUGGACCUGAGCUACAAUGAUAUCACCAGCAUAGACGAUGACUCCUUCCAGAGCACAGUUCACUUGGUUAACCUCACCCUGGCCCAUAAUGCCAUCCACACCCUGUAUGUCGAUGGCUUUGCGGAGCUGCGAAGACUGCGCCACCUAGAUUUGUCCUACAACCGCCUGGAACAGAUUGAUGAGCACCUCCUGGAGUCCAAUUCACAGUUGAUCCAUCUCAAUCUGGAGGGAAACAAGCUGGCCACCCUGGGGACAGGACCACUGCUGAGGAGCCCUUCGCUACGCUCCCUCAACCUACGCAAUUCUCAGAUAAACCAACUGGGCGCAGAGCUCUUGAGUGCCUUGCCACAGCUGCGCCAGCUGGAUCUGGCGCAGAAUCUUUUAAUCACCCUGAGCUCGGGGGUUUUCCACGCACCCCGCUUCCUCGCCUCACUGAAUCUGGAGGAGAAUCCCUUUAACUGCGAUCGCGCCUUGACCAAAGUGGCCACCGGACUACGUCAGCGAGGAGUGGUCAUCUUUAUGAGUGACUGCGCGGAGGAGGAGCCUCUGCCACCACCGGAGGAGGUAGAGCUGGAGCUGGAGGGGCGGCAGACCUUGAAAUUCGAACGCCUCGAGAACCUAGAGCCCACCACCCAAGGACCACAGUCCGUGCUGGCCGUGUGGCGGGAGCUGGACUCAAGCGAGGAGAAUAGCGACGAGCAGGACGAACAGUCUUCCGUCAGUGACGUCUGUGAGGGCAGUCGGGAGAAGCUCUGUCUGCGCUAUCGCACCUGCCUGGAGCGGGUGAGCCACCAGCUCCUUGCCGGAGGAGAUGCUCAACUGGCAGAUGAGAUCGAACGGUCUCAAAAGUACGAUCCGGAUGACUUGAAGCUGGCCUUUGUUGUGGGUGGGGCCACUGGCAUCUGUAUGGUCAUCUUCAUCAUUACCUUCGCGCUGUGCCUCAAGAGCUGCUGCGAAUUGCGGAAGAAGAAGUGCAGUCAAGAGUUGGCUGAGGGUGAAGCGGCUCCUCUAGAUCCAUCGCAGGAGGCCUUACCCACAAUACACACCUGGUCGCCUCACAGGACUCGCAAUCCCCGCCGUUCCAACACCCAGCGUUCCUCGCGGGCAGUGGUCCGCCAGCCCUACGGCCCGCAGGACAGCUUUGUGAGCCGCCUUUUUGGGCGUCCGGCCCGGUCUCAGUACUACCGAACCAUCAACCAGAACACCGCCACCCUGAUCCGUCGCCUGAGCCGCAGCAACCUCUUCAGCAGUCGGGAUCGGGAGCGCAUUACUCCCACCACCCCACCAGAAAGCACGUCCCGAUUCUACACGGACGAUGUGGCAGGAGGCGCGGCGCGACCUGAGACUCCGCCCCCCAACUACGGGGACGUCGUGGUCAUCGACAAUUGUGAUAACAAGUGAAGUAAGCCCGCGGUACGCCAAGGAAGAAAUAUUCGAUUUAGCUAAGAAAUAUGUACAUUAAGUGAAUGCUCUUCUAUAUGCCUCAUUUAUAAUGAAAACUGUGUAAUCUAUCUACUAUAAAAAUUAUUUGAAAGCA